GUUGGCUCUCUGGAUGCAGGUCCAGCCAGGGCACCAUGGUGCCCAAUGCUGCUGAUGUUGUCUGAUCUAUGGGCUCGUUGAAAUACGGUCCCAGUGCCCAUGCAAAUCCCCUGCAACGGACAAGAGAUUCCUUUUCAACACCGCACAGCCAAACACAAGUACUUAACAGUCACCAUGGCGCCCUCGACGGUAACUCAUGACUCCACCAUCCUCGUCGUGGGAGCAGGGGUCUGGGGAUGCUCCACUGCUUUGCAUUUGGCUCGCCGCGGAUACAAGCAUGUCACUGUUCUAGACCCCUACACAAUCCCAUCUGCAAUUGCGGCGGGCAAUGAUAUUAAUAAAAUCAUGGAACACAAAGAGCCCAAGGAAGGUGAAACAAGUCCACGCAGUAUUGCAUUUGCGACAUGUACUCGCGCUGCUUUGAGUGCCUGGCGGACGGACCCUAUUUUCAAGCCGUACUUCCAUGAAACCGGUCUGAUCAUUUCUGGCCAUACCCCGGCACUCAUUGAUCACAUCCGGAAAGACGAAAUCGAAUCAUCCGUAUCAGACUUCGUCAAGCUGGAGACAGCAGAAGACUUCCGGAACACGAUGCCUCCAGGUGUUCUCACUGGCGAAUUCCCCGGCUGGAAGGGCUGGCUGAAUAAGUCCGGUGCCGGGUGGAUUCACGCCAAAAAGGCCAUGUUCUCUGCAUAUACGGAAGCCAAACGCCUGGGCGUCAACUUCGUCACUGGCUCUCCUCAAGGAAAUGUCGUGUCACUGGUAUAUGAGAACGGAGAUGUGGUCGGGGCCAAAACUUCCGAUGGAGUGAUUCAUCGGGCAGAUCAAACGAUUCUGGCAGCUGGUGCUGGCAGUGACCGUCUCUUAGACUUCAAAAAACAGCUGCGUCCCACCGCUUGGACGCUCUGCCAUAUUCAGAUGACUCCCGAGGAGGCUAAGUUGUACAAGAAUCUACCUGUGCUGUUCAACAUCGCGAAAGGAUUCUUCAUGGAACCCGAUGAGGACAAGAACGAGCUCAAGAUCUGUGAUGAGCAUCCCGGUUACUGCAACUUUAUUCCGGACCCUGAGAGAUCCGGUGAAGUCAGAAGCAUUCCAUUCGCAAAGCAUCAGAUUCCUCUUGAAGCUGAAGCUCGUGUUAAGGAUUUCCUUCGGGACACAAUGCCACAUCUUGCCGACCGCCCGCUCGCAUUUGCCCGUGUCUGCUGGGAUGCUGAUACGCCUGAUCGCGCCUUUUUGAUCGACAAGCAUCCAAAUCACCCCUCGCUACUAGUAGCUGUGGGGGCAUCUGGAAACGGUGCCAUGCAAAUGCCCACUAUUGGAGGAUUCAUUGUGGAUGCGUUGGAGGGUCACCUGCAGGAAGAGCUGAAGCAUGUUGUUCGGUGGAGACCAGAAACCGCGGUUGAUAGAGACUGGAAAGCGACUCAGAACCGCUUUGGAGGACCGGAUGCAAUUAUGGACUUUCAAGAGGUCGGAGAAACUGAAUGGACCAAGAUCAAAAGCCGGCUAUAAGCGAGCCACAGUGUAUAUGAAAUUAGUCCGUGUCGAAGUGCUGAUAUACCCAUUCAUCCUACCGGGAG